AUGGACCUCCCCGCUAUCGCUGCCACGUCGGUCACGCCAGCCAGGAUUGCCGCACCAAAGGGCCAGUUGCCCAGUCCUGCCGCCCCUGUGGCGCUAUUGCAUCACCGUGCCCUCGUGGAGUCGCAUCUUUUGGUGCCAGCAAGCGCAUCGCAGGCAGGGAUACUGGAGGCAUUCCAAACGCCGAUGGCGGUUCAACCGGCCUCGCAAUACCUGGCGACGCUUGGCGAGAGCCAUCCCACCCUCCACUCCAUCAACCAGUACAUUGACGUGCCACCUCAAUUUGCACUACAGUAUCUUGUGCUCGGUAGCAAGCAGGGGAUCAUGGUACCAUGA